AUGCGACGCCCAGACUUGAGUCCUUCACUUCUUCAUCCUUCAAGUUACGACAAUGAUGCCUCGUCAUUGCGGUCGCCCUCCGAGCAGGACUCGGACUCUGACGACGAUGCCCUCUUUCACCAGAACCGCAGUACCUUGGAGAUCGCCGAGCACGACCGCGCGGUCCUAGAAGAGGAGGAGGAGUUGGAGAAUCUCCUGACCAGACGAGGCGCUGGACAGGGACUGCGGAGGAUGUUCAGCCCGCAUGGCUCCAGUGUGAGAAUUGGCAAAAAGAACAAGGAGCGCCGAUCGCGGCGAAAUUCCCGCCGUGAGAGAGUCAGCGAAGAUGGUGAAUUGAUGUACGAGAUGGAGGAAGGCAUUGAUGACAAUGCCUCUCUAUUGAGCGAGUCAUCUAUGGAUUUGGAUGGAAAGGACGAGUACACAUACGACCCGCCUCCACGGCCUUCAUGGAAAAAGUCCUUGUUCAUCGGCUCCCUCAUCGUUAUCCUCUUCCUCAUUCUCGUCCUUGGGGCAUACAAAGCCUCGAGUGGCUUUCGAGCUUCUCGCAUCCACCCUACAACCCUGCUCUCGAAUGGCACUGCACUCUUUGCGCCAACCACCAUUGUCAUUUCGCUUGACGGUUUCCGAGCCGACUUCCUCGACCGUGGUCUGACCCCUGCGCUCAACUUUCUCGUCGCAAAUGGCGUCUCCCCGCAAUACAUGACCCCCAGUUUCCCGAGUGUCACCUUCCCGAACCAUUUCACGCUCAUGACUGGCCUAUACCCAGAGAGCCACGGGGUUGUGGGAAAUACAUUCUGGGAUCCGGAGAAUAAUCAGGAAUUUAUCUCCACCCAUUCAGAUAUCAGCAUGCAGCCCAAGUGGUGGAAUGCUGAACCGCUCUGGGUUACGGCUGAAAAACAACGUGUGAGGACUGCCAUUCACAUGUGGCCCGGAUCCGAGGCACACAUUCCAGACAGGGAGCCGAGUAUUGUUGACAAGUUCAAUGCAACGGAAGAUUUGUCCCGCAAGGUCAACCGAGUAUUAGAAUUCUUGGAUCUUCCAGGUCUCGAGGAUGAGUCGCAGGUGGAGCCUGAGCGGCCGCAAUUAAUCGCGGCCUAUGUUCCUAAUGUGGACAGCCAUGGGCACAAAUUUGGACCCAAUAGCACUGAGAUUCGGAGGACGAUUAGUCGAGCGGACAGUAUGGUUGCCGGCAUCAUGGCUGGUCUUGCUCAGCGAAACCUGACAGAUGUAGUCAACGUUGUUGUUCUAUCAGACCAUGGGAUGGCUACGACAUCCACGGAAAGAGUCAUCCAAUUAGACGACCUCAUUGACUAUAAUCUGAUCGAACAUCGCGACGGGUGGCCAUCUAUUGGUAUUCGCCCGAAACGGCCAGAAGAUCUGCCAGUGCUGCAAUCGCAGCUGGAGAAGGUAGCCCCAGAUUGGGAGCAUGCGUUCGAGUGGUACACGAAGGAGACGAUGCCGGAGCGCUAUCACUUCUCGAACAACGACCGCAUUGCGCCACUGUGGGUCAUUCCCAAGACAGGCUGGGCCAUUGUCGACCGAUCAGAAUGGGACGUCAAGGCAGCUUUGAACUCCGGAGAAGCUUAUUACCCCAGAGGUAUUCAUGGUUAUGAUCAUGAACAUCCACUUAUGCGUGCCAUUUUCAUUGCACAUGGGCCGGCUUUCCCACACCAGCCUAAUAGCCGUGUUGAAGUAUUCCAAAACACUGAGGUGUAUAACAUUAUUUGCGACUCGCUAGGUGUGGACCCUCUCCCGAGCAAUGGCACUCUGCGUCUGCCAUUCAAACCCAUCGGGCUCCACUCCGACGAAGAUGCUCCAGUCCUGGAUACACCUCCUGAUCCACCAGCUACGGCUCAGAUUUCCGCAACAGCAGAACCCUCAACCUUGGCACCAGCACCAGCGCCAAAACCUACCACUCCGUCUGAGGCACCCCCUGCUGCCGAUAAUGACGGUGGCAAUGGAGGUGAUAAUGAAAAGGGCACAACCUGGUGGGAUUCGGUUUGGGAUAAAUUCGACGACUUCAAGCAUUGGGCUGGGGGUGUUGCUGAUGCUAUCAAGGGUAAUCACCCUGAGUCUCAGGGAUGA